AAGAUGUCAUCAGCUGUCUAGCCUUUUUGUUUGUGUCAUUCGGUUUACCAGAAAUUUUGAGAGUUGAUUAUUUUUAAUCAAUAGUCGGAGUAGAAUAAGGUUUUGAUAAUACUUAACCACUAAUAAAAAUCUAACAAUGUUAGCUUUAAUAAAUCGUAUCUUAGACUGGUUUAAAAGUUUAUUCUGGAAAGAAGAAAUGGAAUUGACGUUAGUGGGUUUACAGUGUUCUGGCAAAACCACCUUUGUUAAUGUGAUUGCUUCUGGACAAUUCAGCCAAGACAUGAUUCCAACAGUAGGUUUUAAUAUGAGAAGGGUCACAAAAGGAAAUGUUACGAUUAAAGUCUGGGACAUUGGAGGACAACCCAGGUUUAGAUCCAUGUGGGAGAGAUAUUGCCGUGGUGUUAAUGCCAUAGUAUACAUGGUCGAUGCUGCGGAUCAUGAGAAACUUGAAGCGUCAAGAAAUGAACUCCACAAUCUUCUUGACAAACCACAACUUAUGGGCAUUCCAGUACUGGUCCUGGGGAACAAACGAGAUCUGCCGAACGCUCUUGAUGAGAAAGAACUGAUUGAUAGAAUGAACCUGUGUGCGAUCCAGGACAGAGAGAUCUGCUGCUACUCAAUAUCAUGUAAAGAGAAAGACAACAUCGAUAUUACCCUGCAGUGGCUUAUUGCGCACUCCAAGUCAGGCUCGCGCUAAUCGUAUCGUCAUCUCUCACCCUCUUCUCAUUUUAUACUCUUGUAAAUUACUUUAAUAUAAUAUUUAUUGGUUGUAAAUUCUAUUUUAUGUAUAAGUUGUCUUUUUUGUAACAUUGUAAAGUAAACUAUAUAUUAAUUUUUAAAUAUAUGUUUUAUAUUGUUUGUAACUUGGCUGUUUGUUAAAUACAUUAUGAUUUAAAAUGAUGAUUAAUGUUAUAAAAACUGUGGCAUGUAUAUCCAUGGAUUUUAUAAAUAAUGUUUUUGGUUCAGACCAGAGACUGAGAAGACAUAAUGUUCAACAUUUUAUAAGUGAGGGCCAAUUUAGAUAAAGCUUGUUUUUUAUUUUCAAAAAGUUAGGGUGAAUAAAUCAGUCAAGAUUAAAAGAUAUUGUUUUUAGCCCGAUCAUAGGGAAGUUGUUAUCAAUUAAUUUUGUCAUUAUAAAAAUCAUAAUAAAUAUGUAGCAAAACAAUCAA